AUGUCCAAGCAAACCAUCCUGAUUACUGGCUGCAGCGAUGGCGGCAUUGGCUCUGCAUUGGCCAUUGUCUUCCAAAAGCGAGGAUUUCACGUCUUCGCUUCUGCUCGCGAUUCCACUAAAAUGAGCACACUCAAAGAUCUCCCCGACAUAACCCUUCUCACACUUGAUGUGGUUAAGAUAGUAGAUAUCAAGGAUGCUGUUGACGCCAUCUCGGCGAAAACCAAUGGCACUCUGGACUAUUUGAUUAGCAAUGCUGGGCGUAAUCACUUCAUGCCAAUUCUCGAUGAAGAUCUUGAUACUGUUAGAAAUCUCUUUGAGAUUAAUUUCUUUGCUCCGAUCGCCCUUGCCCAAGCCUUCUCUCCUUUACUCAUCAAGGCCAAGGGCAUGGCUGUCUUCAUCGCCUCUAUAUCAGGGUAUCUGAAUAUUCCCUACAUGGGUACAUAUUCAGCAUCUAAAAGAGGCAUGGAAGUUGUGGCAGACACCCUGCGACUCGAAUUGGCCCCCUUUGGUGUUGAUGUGCUGGAAGUAGUAACAGGCGCGGUCAAAUCAAGGGGACAGACGUAUUUCGGCGAUUUCAAGCUCCCUGAGAAUUCCUUGUAUAAGAAGAUUGAACCCACCAUUGCCAAUCGCGCCCAGGGAGGAGACGGGAUGCCGAGAAUGGAUACUGAGGAAUACGCCGCAGCAGUCAGCGAACAGAUCCUCAAACGUAUUACUGGCCGAUUUUGGUGCGGGAAACAAGCUGAUCAAACUCGAAUGGCCACAACAGCAGUGGAAGUACCGCAAGCAGCUAUGGAUGCCGGGGCCGUGAUCGGGACUGGCCUUGAGGAAUUACCUUAG